AUGACUGAAACUUCAAUCGGUGUUUACCUCUUCUCUCGUCUCCGGCAGCUGGGAAUCAAAAGCAUCUCCGGUGUUCCUGGUGAUUAUGAGCUCGUUUUGCUGGAUAUGAUUCCUGAGGCGGGAUUGACCUGGCAUGGCAAUGCAAACGAACUUAUCGCAGGCUAUGCUGCCGACGGCUAUGCCCGUGUUCAAGGUGCUGCCGCCUUUGUAACCACAUAUGGCCCUGGUGAACUAUCAGCGUACUGUGCAAUGGCUGGUCAAUACGCGGAAUAUGUCCCUGUGGUUCAUGUUGUUGGUUACCCGUCCACCCUAGCCAUGAAUGCAAAGAAGAUCAUGCACCACAGUCUUGGAGAUGGUAACUUCGGAAUGUACCAGAAAAUGAUUGAACACAUUACCGUUGCUAACACCGUGCUCACGGACGUUAAAUCUGCUGCAUCAGAAAUUGACCGUGUCCUCAAUGCUAUGCUUUAUCAUUCAAGACCAGUCUACAUUGGUGUUCCCGUCGAUAUCGGUCCUCAAAUGGUAUGCAGUGAUCUGUUAGAGUCAUCCCUGCAAAUUACACUACCAGAGAACGAUCCCGAGCUGGAAUCCAAAGCUAUUGAGGAGAUCAUCUGUCUUCUUCAAUCUUCCCAGCAACCGGUUAUACUUAUUGAUGGAGGGGCUAUCCGUCAUGGUCUUGUCGAGGAAAGCAAAGUGCUGGUUGAACAGCUCAAAAUCCCAUACUUUGGCACUGCGAUGUCAAAGGGGUUUCCCGAAACAAUUGGAGGUAGAUUUGGUGGUAUAUACGGUGGUGGUGCAUCCACUGAGGGCACCAAACACGGCGUCGAACAGAGUGAUCUUGUCAUCAUAAUCGGGCACUAUCCGAACCCGAAGAGCGAUUUCAACACGGGCGAGUUCACCACCAAACUGCCUGGAGGCAAUGUCAUCGACUUUCAGCGUAUGGAGCUCACCAUCACCGGAAGUCAAUAUGAACUUGCAGCAAAACAUCUUCUCCCUCGGCUGAUCCAGGAGCUUUCCGAUCUUGAUUCAGUCGUUGCUGAAAGAAGUGUUUCUUGGGACCCAUAUCCCAACGAUUCAACCCCAAAACCCGAUAAGUUGACACAGGAUUAUCUUUGGGCGCAACUUGGUAAAUACUUCCGACCGGGUGAUUUUGUCAUCGCAGAAACCGGAACCUCCAGCUUUGGCAUCCCUGCGUCGAACUUGACGAACGUAAAUGACGUUCGUAUGUUCAACCAGACCGUAUUUGGCAGCAUCGGCUACGCGACCGGAGCCGCACUGGGUGCCUUCAUUGCAGGUAAAGAAGACGGAUCCAUCAAACGCGGUAUCCUGGUCACUGGCGAAGGAUCACUUCAGUUGACUGUACAGACUUUCUCUGACCUGCUUCGUCACGGACUUAACACUACUAUAUUCCUUCUCAACAACGAUGGCUACACAGUCGAGCGUUUGAUUCACGGCAUGGAGGCAUCAUAUAACCAGGUCCCGAGGUGGGACUACAGCAAGCUCUGUGACACGUUUGGGCCUUCAUUCCCGGCCAGAUAUUACCGAGUCCAAACAGGGGAUAAUUUGCUUGAGCUUUUUGCGGAUGAGCAAUUUGUCAAGGCCGACUGUACACAGGUUGUCGAGCUGAUGCUUCAUAAGCAUGACGCCCCUAUGUCUGUCAAGCUGGCGACGAAGGCUGUCGAGGAUUUUAACAACAGCAAGGGAUGA